UGUUCCCCGUGUCACUACAGCAGAGUAUGCGCAUCUGAGCUGAAGAACACAGAAAUUCCCCUCUUUUUUUUUUGUCUUCCCAAUUUGUUAUGGAGGUAAAAGAACAGUGCAGCAGAAAUUACCCGGAGCAAAGUGAGCUCUCAAUUGAUCGACUCAGCGAUUUGCCGGACUCAGUCAUCUGCCACAUUCUCUCUUUCCUCCCGACCAAAUUCUCCGUACGAACCAGCAUCCUAAGUCAAAGAUGGCGGUUUCUCUGGUCUUACGUCCCCAAUUUAUAUUUCCACCUCGAGAAUCAAGGAAUCAUCAACAGGGUUAUGUUGCUGCGCAGAGCGCGAACCAUCAACGCAUUUCACCUCGACCGCGGCACCGAGUGGAGCGCCUAUCAAUUGCAGACAUGGAUUACUUUCGCCGUUAUGCGCGGUGUCCAAAGACUCAAUCUUUGUCUUCAAGACGAAGAAACUUUCCCCGAACACAAUUUACCCGUAUCCCUCUUCACCUGCAAAACCCUAGUUGAUUUGAGGCUGAGAAAUUGCGCCUUAAUCCCCGCAAGUGGCGCCGCCGUAUGUUUGCCUCGCCUCAAGAUUCUUCAUCUAGUGUACGUUGAAUUCGAGGCCGACGAGUCACUCCCACACCUGCUUUCCGGCUGCCCGGUGCUCGAGGAGUUUGAAAUGGCAUUGUUGUGUGAUAUGGUUUGUUGCGGUUUAUCUUCACCUACGAUAAAAAGGCUCACGCUCGAUUUUAUAGCUGAGGGCUUUGGCGGUAGACCUGAGAGGUUGGAGAUACAUACGCCCGCGCUCGAGUAUCUCAACUUAAAGGCUUAUUUCAACGAUCAUUUUAAAUGUGGUGCGCUAACCUCCUUAAUUGCAGCAGAAAUAAUACUUGUCAAUUACGCGGUUCUUGAUUUUCCACCGUUGCUAAAGUUUUUUGAUAGGCUUUGCAAUGUCAAGUCCCUAACGUUAGAUUUGUCAGACUGUUCAGAGAUUAUCGAUUCAGUACUCACUGCUUGGGCUACACGUUUCCGUAACUUGACUAACCUUAACUUGACUGGUGAUUGUCGUUUUCUCUCGAAGUUGCUUGAAAAUGCUGAUAAUCUUGAAAUGCUUACUUUUUCUCAGCAAUUUUGUGAAUUAGAAGAAGGUUGGACUGAAGAACCACAACAAGUGCCGAGAUGCCUAUUAUUACAUCUUAGAAUUAUAAAGCUUGAGGGGAUCGUAGGUAAAAGUCACGAGUUUGAAUAUAUAGGAUAUCUUUUGAGGAAUGCUAAAGUCUUGGAGAGGAUGGAAAUAUCGUAUAGCGUAUCCGUUGGUUCUGAGGAAAAGAUUGAUAUGCUCGAGAAGAUUUUACGUUUCAAACGAGGAUCAACUGCAUGUGAAGUUAAUUUUGUUGGCUCUAACUGUAAGUGGUGAAGUAAGUAACUUGAUGAUGCCUAUAUUUUGUUGCUGGAGAAUUGCGUUAUGUUUCAUUUUUGUUUGCAAUGAACCAGUAGUUCGAUUUCUUCAGUUCCAAAUGCAAUUGAAAUUUUGCCU